GGCAACAAACAACGCCUAUCUAAGCUGCGCGAGUGUGCGCGGAGAAAAUUAAGAAAAAAUAGAAAAGAAAUGGCAGUAACUCGAGAGAAAGAAAAUUGUACAAGAAAAAUUAAUGGAAAUAUACCUGCAUUAUCUCUUAACAGCGAUAAUAUGUCGACAUCGACCGACAGUGACGACGCAGCGGAUCCAACAUAUGAAAUUAGGAACAUUCAGAGUAUUAUAAAUGUGACCCGUGAAAACAUUGACGCUUUAAAUGCAAGGUUUGCUGGUUUGCAGCACCCACCUUCUCUGUAUCUUUCGGAAUAUCAGGAGUUAACAGUAAAGUUGCAUAAUUUAGAACUUAGAGAACAGACACUUAGGGAAUUGUUACAGUGCGAUUCGCCGGAUAGGAGCGAAGAAUAUUCAUGGCAAGAUGAUUCUAAGAAGUAUGAUACUCUUACUCGGCAACCUAAAGUUUUCCUUAGAGCUUACUUGCCGAAUCAACAGCGGACGAGUGUACAGGUGAAGGAGGGAGUUUCGCUUCGAGAAGCUCUCAUGAAGGCUCUCAAGCUUCGUAACUUAACUUGUGAAAUGUGCGAAGUGGUUCGGACAGGAAAUAAUGCUGUGAUACCGUGGGAUAUCGAUAUUACUAUGAUUGAUGCUGAGGAGGUGACAGUGCGAAUUUUGGACAAACUGCCCAUUAUGUCUCACAUGUCGCACCAGUUCACAAGAAAGACAUUCUUCACGCUCGCGUUCUGCGAGUGCUGUCGACGGCUGCUCUUCAACGGCUUCUACUGCUCGCAGUGCAACUUCAAGUUCCAUCAGCGGUGCGCUGAUAAAGUUCCAAGUAUUUGUCAUCAGGUACGAAUGACAGACACUUACUACGCAGCUCUACUGGCCAAGAAUCCGGAGACCCAGGCGGGGAUCCUGCACGUGCCCGCUCACUACAGCUAUCAUCAGAACAAACAAGCCCACCCUCGCUCGCUGAACCAGCAAGACCGCUCCAAUUCGGCGCCAAACGUGUGUGUCAACAUGGUGAGACAUUUGACUGAUCACGGCCGGAAGAAUAACCAGAGCAGCUCCCCGCAAUCAUCAAAUUACCUUUCAUCAGGGAGACACGGCAAAGACGACCGGGAGAAGGGAGAGCAGCAGAGUCAAAGCACUCAGGCCUCCCCCACGGGCACGCUUCGACCUCGAAGGGCGCGCGCUCGCUCCGCGGACGAGUCGUGGAAACAUGCCCUGUCUCCUCGUGAAAGCUACGACGACUGGGUCAUACACGCCGAUGAAAUACUCAUAGGGGCCAGGAUAGGCUCCGGUAGUUUUGGGACAGUGUAUAAGGCGCAUUGGCACGGACCGGUCGCUGUCAAGACGCUGAACGUGAAGACGCCCACCCCAGCUCAGCUACAGGCCUUCAAAAACGAGGUGGCUGUCCUCCGUAAGACGCGGCACUGCAACAUCCUUCUGUUCAUGGGCUGUGUGUCGAAGCCUUCCUUGGCGAUAGUGACCCAGUGGUGUGAAGGCUCCUCGUUGUAUCAACACCUGCACGUGCUGGAGACGCCGCUGCCGAUGUUAUACCUCAUAGACGUGGCGCGCCAGACCGCCCAGGGCAUGGACUACCUGCACGCCAAGAACAUUAUACACAGGGAUCUGAAAUCUAACAACAUAUUCUUAAGAGACGACUGGUCGGUUAAGAUUGGAGACUUCGGCCUGGCGACGGCCAAAGUGCGGUGGUCAGAUUCGUCCACGCUGGGAGGCGUGCAGUGGCAGCAGCCGACCGGCUCGAUACUGUGGAUGGCGCCGGAAGUUAUCCGUAUGGAGGAACCGGCGCCGUACACCUUCCGGUCGGACGUGUACGCGUACGGGAUUGUGCUGUUCGAGCUGACGGCCGGCGAGCUACCGUACGCGCACCUCAACAACAAAGACCAAAUACUGUGGUCGGUGGGCCGCGGCCUGCUGCGACCAGACGUCCGUCGGUUGCGUCAGGACGCUCCGCAGGCCCUGCGCCGCCUGUUCGAGGACUGCAUCCAGUUCGACCGGGAGCGCCGGCCGCUGUUCCGUCAGAUCCUGGCGUCCCUGGAGGCCAUGCUGCGAGCUAUGCCCAAGAUCACGCGCAGCGCGUCCGAGCCGUGCCUGCAACGCGCCCUCCACGCCUCCGACGACUGUCUGGGAUACGCCUGUGCGGAACCAAAGACGCCCGUCAACUUCCAGUUCGACGCUCACACUAGCUUCCCGGCCUUCUACAGUAUUCCAGUGCCUAGCCAGCGACACGCCUAGUGCGGAGCGAGCCCUGGCGUACUCGGCGAUUGUAUCUGCUACUGUACAUGUAUAUAAUAUAAGGGCGUGGAGACGGCGGCUCUCACUUCACAGAUCUCAACACCUCAAUAAUUUAUUAGUCAUUAUAUUUAUUAAAAUAUGAAUUAAUUUACACGCAAACUUAGUGACGCUAAUUUAGAUUUAAACGUUAUCUUUGACUAACUAGUUAUCGAUACCAGUGUAAUAUAAAGCCUUAAGACAAACAGUGAUUAGAGUUACGGAAGCGGUGGUUAGUGUAAAUAUUGAUGUAAGAACGGUAAGGACAUCACUCGCGCACCUCGACGGAAACAACGCUUUAAUAGUGUAAACCGGUCUCGGCCGACGGCGGACGAAGUUUUCAUUUUCAAUUAGUGCCUUUGAUACGACAGAAUAGUAUUCGAGAUUAUAUUUUAAAGCAGUUUUGUAGUCAGCGGGACGGCGACGAGUCGUCUGCAUAAUGAAGUCCAAAGUAUUAUUUGUGUGAAUCAGAUGACCCGAUGGCGUGUAUUUGUUGAUAUCGGCUGUAAAUAAAUUAUUGUAAUUAUUUAAGCUUAGUGUCGGUGUAAGGACUCUGUGUAUACAUCAUUUUAACGCAUAAUUACGCUAAGGAACACAAUAAAUUAUUGUUUCGAUUGA